CCCCCCCCCCCCCUAACGUUCACUUAAAGCACCAGAGCUGCUACAGAGCUUCUUCUACCUUUCUUGGAUUCGUUGGUAGUCCUUCGUUUAUCUGCCUCGAUCACAUCACGAAUCACUUGGCUUAUCUUUCCAGAAAGACCAAGUCGUCAGUCUCGGACGCUCUUUGCCGUCAGGUUCACACACCAUUGGUUUUCACAUGUACAAUAUACAUAAACCUUUGUCACCAUGAAGUUGUCAUCCACUCUUCUAGCCCUCUCGCUAGGCUUCGCAUUCGCUGAUGACGAUCGUGGCCAACAUACCCCGAAGCUGCUAGGAGCCAGAAAGUUCCUGUCGGAACUGGAGGCUCGGAGGAGAGCAAGCUCAGUCCAUGCCCAAGCUGCCGCCAGAGCGCAGCAUAUGCCGGCCAGGCAUGGGAGACAGCUAGGGCGUCGCCAGGACGACGAGGAAGGCCGGUGUGGGCCGGGUAUCGGAAGCUGCCUGGCCGGCGACUGCUGCUCCGCUGAAGGUUGGUGUGGGACAGGCAUAGACUACUGCACCGCUCCUGACUGCCAGAUAAACUAUGGCCCUGGAUGUGACGCCAACCAAAAACCCAGUGGUGCAGAUACCUCUGGUGUCGCCCGUCCCAAGCUUGGGAGCGUCCUUUAUGGAGGGACCGGUAUCUACGACUGCGUUAAGCCAGGAGACAUUGCUCUGACCUUUGAUGAUGGUCCAUAUAUCUACACUAACGACCUCCUUGACAAGCUGAAGAGCUACGGCGCAAAAGCCACCUUUUUCAUCACAGGAACCAAUCUCGGCAAGGGGAAGAUCAAUGAUCCCUCAACCAUCUACCCUGCCAUCAUCCGAAGAAUGCAUGCCGAAGGCCAUCAGAUUGGCAGCCACACCUGGUCUCAUCAGAACGCGAGCCAGUUGACCAACACACAGUUUACGAACCAGAUGGUCUGGAACGAGAUCGCCAUCAACUCCAUUCUCGGUUUCUUCCCCACCUACAUGCGACCUCCCUAUUCCAUCUGCGAGAAGAACUGCCAGAACAUCCUGUCAACACUCGGCUACCACGUUAUCUACUUCGACCUGGACACGGAGGGCUAUCUCCACGACAACGCAAAGCAGAUCCAGACCAGCAAGGACAUCUGGGACGACGCCAUCGACGGCUCCGACCCAGCAAGCGACAGCUUCCUGCAAAUCGAGCACGACAUCCACUACCAGGUCGUCUACAAUCUGACCGACUACAUCCUCACCUCGCUCUUCUCCGCGGGCUACCAAGCCGUGACGGUGGGCGAGUGUCUGGGCGAUCCCGUCUCCAACUGGUACCGCACUGGGCCAAGCGGCAGUGGCUCGGCCGUGCCAUCGGCCACAGCCACGGCAACGACAACCACGUCCCGUAUCCUGACAAGGAGCACUCUGUCCGUGGCCCCGACGCAGACGGGCGCCAGCACCGACGGCACCUGCGGCAACGGCGUGACGUGCGCCGGCACCCGUUGGGGAUCCUGCUGCUCCGUGUUUGGGUACUGCGGCGUCGGCGACGAGUACUGCUCGCUUGACAACGGCUGCCAGCUGGCCUGGGGCAGCUGCGAUGGGGGGGGUACUUCUGCUGCUUCCUCAAGGACGGCGGUCCCUACGAGGUCUACCGCCAUUGUCACCAGGUCGACUGCCAGCACUACUGCAGUCUCAUCGCGGACGACCGUAUCCACGAGAUCUACUGGUAUUGCGUCCAGGUCGACUGUUACUACCGUUUCGUCGAGGACGGCGGUCUCGACAAAGUCUACCGUGGUUGUUACCAGGUCCACUGCCGUCGUAACAUCAACGUCUUCAGCCAAGCCGACGCAGACGGGCCUCGCCAUCAGCGAUGACGGGCUCUGUGGUCCAGAGGUUCAGCAGACUUGCUCCGGCAGCACGUUUGGGACCUGCUGCAGCCCGGCGGGCAAGUGCAGCUCCAACGCCAUCUCGUGCUUGACGAUCUUGGGCUGUCAAAGGGGGUACGGGUCAUGCAACUAAUUUGCAUGGAGAGGGGUGCCUUGGACAGAAGCCAGAACAAAGGUGUGUACGAGAUUUCAAGUUUGGGGAUAUCGUGAUGGCUAUUUGAGUGCGAGGGAGGGCGUGAUAUUCUUCUGGGUUCAUUUCAAAGCAAGACGGUAUGAUAUAUAGACUUGCCGCGUUCAGCGUAGGGCAUCGCGUUUGAAGGGAUGCUGCGUGCUGUCAAGUCAAUGACUGCCCGGCCAACAAUAAGUCACCAAUUCUGAACCCAGGGCGUAGGGGGCUAGUAACUCACUGAUGGAUGGUAUGAGGCAGGUAGCUCGGAGGAACUGAAGGUGAGCAAGCGGGUGCCUGGUUGAACCGGAGUAGUUGACUUAGAAGCAUUUGUAGUUGUACCGUAGAAUCUUUAACUCACC